AUGCAGAACGCUGUUUGGACCCGUUUCUUCCCAGCCUCUGUGGAGAUCAGAAGGCUCCUGGCCCAGCAGCAGUUGGGGGAGGUGCAGAUGGUCAGAUCAGAGUUUGGUGUCCCUUUGAUGCAUGUACCGAGAUCGUAUCAGAAGGAACUGGGUGGUGGAGCAACGCUCGAUCUUGGCAUCUACUGCCUGCAGUUCAUAUGCAUGGUGUAUGGUGGAGAGAAGCCCGAGUGCAUACAAGCCACAGGAGUCUGCCAGGAGACAGGAGUCGACGAGACUGUGGUCGUCACUCUGAAGUUCUCCAAGAACAGAUUUGCUGUGUUCACUUGCUCCUCGAGGAUACCGCUGCCCAAUGAUGCCAUUAUUAUAGGUACAAAGGGCACAAUCAGGGUCCCUGGCCACAUGUGGUGUCCCACAUCGUUAGUGGUGAAUGGUGAGGAGACUCGGUACCCAGUGCCAGAGCCGCAUUUGCCUCUGAACUUCAUCAACAGUACGGGGAUGCGCUAUGAAGCGGAGGAGGUUCGACAGUGUUUGCUCAAAGGGCUGAAGCAGAGUGCAGUUAUGUCUCAUGCCGACUCUCUUUUGCUGGCUGAGGUUGAGGAUGAGAUCCGGAGGCAGGUGGGGGUGGUGUAUGACCAGGACCAGGACCAUUAACUGUUUGACAUACACCCAGACUAUAUUUACCUCAAGUGUAUAACGUACAAUAGUUUACAUUCACGUUGUUUGUGAGCACGAAUGGUCAGUGGUCUUAAAAACCGUGGAAUAUUAAGCUCUUUCAAGUUAAUUAAAUAGAACCAGAACCUCAAUGCACUGUUGAGCUUUGAUGAUUUGAAAUAAAAUUUCACUUGCAUUAUUA